CCCAGGGUGGUGCCGGAAGCCUGCUCGUGUGGCUUGGGAGGGGAAGGUGCUCGUGGGUCCCUGCAAAUCGCCGCUUCCCGCCCGACAACGUAAAGUCCUAGGUGGGCACACAGGCAACCCCUUGCAUGACCUCAGCCAGUGAGUUGCAGAGUCCGCGCCGCCGACCGCCCUGCAGCAGCUCCUGGUUAAGCCGGUGCGCUCGUCUCCCGCUCUCCUUAGAUCGCUUUCAACCACAGCAGCAGGAUUGGCGUGUCCCUGGUGGCGCAGCGCUCUCCUCAGCGCUUCCUGCGCUGGGUUCGGUGGCGCAGCGCAGAGACUCGGGUUCUGGCUGUAGGACCAAAUAUUAUAUAAUCUGCUUUCACCAUGGGAGAAAUAGAGCAGAGGCCAAGUCCAGGAUCGCGACUGGGGGCCCCGGAGAAUUCGGGGAUCAGUACCUUGGAACAUGGACAGAAGCCGCCCACAACACCUUCAGGAAAACUCAUGUCCAUUAAAAUCCAGAUGCUGGACGACACCCAGGAGGCAUUUGAAGUUCCACAAAGAGCCCCUGGGAAAGUGUUGCUGGAUGCAGUUUGCAACCACCUCAACCUCGUGGAAGGGGACUAUUUUGGCCUCGAGUUUCCCGACCACAAAAAGAUCACGGUGUGGCUGGAUCUCUUAAAACCUAUUGUCAAGCAGAUUAGAAGGCCAAAGCAUGUUGUUGUGAAGUUUGUGGUGAAAUUCUUUCCACCUGACCACACACAACUCCAGGAAGAACUCACAAGGUACCUGUUUGCUCUGCAGGUGAAGCAGGAUCUGGCUCAAGGCAGGCUGACGUGCAAUGAUACCAGCGCGGCUCUCUUGAUCUCACACAUUGUACAAUCCGAGAUUGGGGAUUUCGAUGAAGCAUCAGACAGAGAGCAUUUAGCAAAAAACAAGUACAUACCUCAGCAAGAUGCGCUAGAAGACAAAAUCGUGGAGUAUCACCAUAACCACAUCGGACAAACACCAGCAGAAUCAGAUUUCCAACUUCUGGAGAUUGCCCGUAGGCUGGAGAUGUAUGGGGUCCGGUUGCACCCGGCUAAGGACAGGGAAGGUACGAAGAUCAACCUGGCUGUUGCCAACACGGGAAUUCUAGUGUUUCAGGGUUUCACCAAGAUCAACGCCUUCAACUGGGCGAAAGUGCGCAAGCUGAGCUUCAAGAGGAAGCGCUUUCUCAUCAAGCUCCGCCCAGACGCAAACAGCUCGUACCAGGAUACCUUGGAAUUUCUAAUGGCCAGUCGGGAUUUUUGCAAGUCGUUCUGGAAAAUCUGUGUUGAACAUCAUGCCUUUUUUAGACUUUUUGAAGAGCCCAAACCAAAGCCAAAGCCUGUUCUCUUUAGUCGAGGCUCAUCAUUCCGGUUCAGCGGUCGGACUCAGAAGCAGGUUCUCGACUUUGUUAAAGAAGGAGGACAUAAGAAAGUGCAGUUUGAAAGGAAACAUAGCAAGAUCCAGUCCAUCAGAAGCCUUGCUACACAGCCCACAGAGCCGAAUUCAGAAGUGCCAAAACAAGCUCAGCAGAGUGCCAGCCUUCCGCCCGGAGAAGGUGCGGAGCCCGCAGGUGGCGCGGGCGGUCAGCAGGGAGCGGAGCCGAGCGCUGCGGCCGAAGAGCGCCAGAGCCCCGCGCCGCCCAGGAGCCCCGCGGGCGGCGGGAAGGCGGACGGAGCCCCGCGGGCGCCGGCCGACGAAGAGGAGGAGGUCGUUAAGGAUAGGACCCAGCAGAGUAAAGCUCAGCCCCCGCAGCCGAGCACAGGCUCCCUGACUGGUAGCCCUCACCUUUCAGAGCUGUCCAUCAACUCGCAGGGAGGAGCCGCGCCCACCAACGUGAUCCUGUCUCCCAACCUGAGCCCUGACACCAAGCAGGCCUCUCCCUUGGUCAGCCCGCUGCUGAACGACCAGGUGUGCCCACGCACCGACGACGAGGAGGAAGGCCGGAGAAAGAGAUUCCCGACUGACAAGGCAUACUUCAUCGCUAAGGAAGUCUCCACCACCGAGAGAACUUAUCUGAAGGAUCUUGAGGUCAUCACUUCGUGGUUUCAGAGCACAGUCAGCAAAGAGGAUGUCAUGCCCGAAGCCCUGAAAAGUCUCAUAUUCCCGAAUUUUGAACCUUUGCACAAAUUUCAUACAAGUUUUCUCAAGGAGACUGAACAACGACUAGCCCUGUGGGAAGGCCGCUCAAAUGCCCACAUCAGAGGGGAUUACCAAAGAAUCGGAGAUGUCCUACUGAAGAACAUUCAGGGUAUGAAGCAACUGGCGGCUCACCUGUGGAAGCACAGUGAAGCUUUGGAGGCGCUGGAGACGGGCAUCAGGAGCUCGCGGCGGCUGGAGAGCCUGUGCAGAGACUUCGAGCUGCAGAAGGUGUGCUACCUGCCGCUCAACACCUUCCUCCUGCGCCCGCUGCACCGGCUCAUGCACUACAAGCAGGUCCUGGAGCGCCUGUGCAAGCACCACCCGCCCAGCCACGCAGACUUCAGGGACUGCCGCGCUGCUCUGGCAGAGGUUACCGAAAUGGUGGCACAGCUUCACGGUACGAUGAUCAAGAUGGAGAAUUUCCAGAAGCUGCAUGAACUCAAGAAAGACUUGAUUGGCAUCGACAAUCUUGUGAUUCCGGGAAGGGAAUUCAUCCGCCUGGGCAGCCUCAGCAAGCUCUCCGGCAAGGGGCUCCAGCAACGCAUGUUUUUCCUGUUCAACGACGUCUUGCUGUACACGAGCAGGGGGCUGACGGCCUCGAAUCAGUUUAAAGUGCACGGGCAGCUCCCGCUGUACGGCAUGACUAUAGAGGAAAGCGAAGACGAGUGGGGUGUCCCCCACUGCCUGACCCUGCGGGGCCAGCGACAGUCCCUCGUCGUGGCGGCCAGCUCUAGAUCCGAGAUGGAAAAGUGGGUCGAGGAUAUACAAAUGGCCAUCGACUUGGCAGAGAAAAGCAGUGGCCCCACUCCCGAGUUCCUGGCCAGCAGCCCCCCCGACCACAAGUCCCCCGAUGAGACCGCGGUGGCCGACCAGGAGUCGGAGGACGACCUGAGCGCGUCGCGCACGUCGCUGGAGCGCCAGGCCCCGCACCGCGGCAACACCAUGGUGCACGUGUGCUGGCACCGCAACACCAGCGUGUCCAUGGUGGACUUCAGCGUCGCCGUGGAGAAUCAGUUGUCCGGGAACCUGCUGAGGAAAUUCAAAAACAGCAACGGGUGGCAGAAGCUGUGGGUGGUGUUCACGAACUUCUGCCUGUUCUUCUACAAGUCCCACCAGGACCAUCACCCCCUGGCAAGCCUGCCUCUGCUCGGCUACUCACUCACCAUUCCCUCCGAGUCUGAGGACAUCCACAAAGACUACGUGUUCAAGCUGCAUUUCAAGUCUCACGUGUACUACUUCAGGGCCGAAAGCGAGUACACGUUUGAAAGGUGGAUGGAGGUGAUCCGCAGCGCGACCAGCUCGGCUUCCCGUGCCCACAUCCUGAGUCACAAAGAAUCCCACGUGUACUGAUGGCAGGACCCGUUUGCUGGUGUGAGCGGUGGCUGCUUUCCCGGGAGACACUUACUUUCCC